CAAGAUCCAGAUCUUUACGGCCAGAGGCCGCAAAAGCGGCACAAACGAGAGGCCAUCUCUUCCUCAUUGGAUUUUACAGCACAGCUCACGUCGCUUAUAUCAAAUUCCGCCGCCCAGGGAUCAACGUCAACGACUUCUGGGCGCCCGAGACCCUCUAAACAGGCCAAGGACGACAUAUUCCGCAGCACGAGCAAGUCAAAAAAGACACCGACUAGCAACAAGGAGAAUGACGCCAAGUCAGAAAAGCUGGUGCUCAAAGAAGUGGCUGGGACGGAGGACGAGAUGCGGGAGCUUGAGCGCGCAAAGCGCAAAAUGGAGAGCAAGGCACGGCUCUACGCCGCGAUGAAGCGCGGAGACUACGUGCCCAAGGAGAACGAGGCGGCGCCGUUGGUGGACUUUGACCGCAAGUGGGCUGAGACGACGGAGGGCAAAGACGACUACGAGACGUCCAGCUCGGACGAGGACGCGAAUGGCAGCGGCGACGACGAGAUUGUGGAAUACGAGGACGAAUUUGGACGUACGCGGCGAACCACGCGGGCGGAAAAGGAAAAGAUGGAGCGUCGCAUACGGCGAGGGCUGCUGGGCGCCGAGGAGCUGGAGCGCAUGUCCGCCCGGCCAAGCGCUCCGAGCAAGCUCAUCUACGGCGACGCGAUCCAGGCCAUGGCGUUUGUGCCGGAUGACCCGGACAAGAUGGAGGAGCUGGCGCGCAAGCGGGACAGGAGCGCGACGCCGCCCGAGAUGAAGCACUACGACGCCGACCACGAGAUCCGGACCAAGGGCGUCGGGUUCUACAAGUUCAGCAAGGACGAGGAGACGCGGACGCAGGAAAUGAAGUCGCUGGAAGAGGAGAGGCUUAGGACCGAGGAGCUUCGCAAGCAGCGCGAGGAGCAGCGGGCUGCGCGACGGCGCGAAAUCGAGCAGCGCCGCAAGGACAUGGGAGAGAGGCGGGCGAAGCGCCAGGCCGACGACUUCCUGGAAGGACUAUGA